AUGAAGCUUUCUGUCACCUUCACGUUUGUUGCUGUUACCGUCACGUCAUCUUCUGCUGCUGCCUCUGUGAUCGAUAAUCAUCACGAAAACGCUAUCGUUUUUCAAAAUAACACUUUACUGUGUGCUGACGCACGAUGUGAUGAUGACAACGCUCCUGUGUGCGGUUUCGACAACAAAACUUACCCGAACGCGUGCAUCUUCCAGGCGACUAACUGUCGUACUAAUGUCACGAUAGCUCAUUUAGGGCCUUGUCGUGAUAAGUUUGUCGAUAACCAGCGUGUACACUCGUUAGCAUCGGCGACUUCAUCAAACAAGAAAACGCCUUUGGUUCGCGACCGUACUCAUUUAGUUAAUGAAGAACGAGGUUCAGCUCUUGCUCCCAAGAUAAUAAUUAUCGGACCCGGCACAGGAGCCGGUGAUUUUUCUGAACUGCAAAGAGUACGGGAACUGCUUGGAAAAAAACUAAGUAAUUAUGACCUCGCGUAUGAACGCGUACAUCCCUACGUCUAUCUUAAGUUGUUGCAUGACGAUUGGGACAAUUGGAUGAAACGCUUGGGUAGAUUACCUAAGUCGUUCUUGAGGAGUAAAAAGACCGUGAAGAAAUCACCGUAUGAGCUGAAAGUGAUCACAAAAGUUAAAAAAUAUCUUGACCAGAUUCCGGAAGAAUCUCGCGAUAGAUAUCUAACAUAUGCCAAGUUGUAUAAUACGCUAUACAAAGUCGAUGUGAUCGAAAAAUCCGAUCAGCCUUCGAUGCCGACGAAGGGUGAAGUCGAAGCGCCAAAAGCGUAA